AUGGAGCAGCAUAAGGGAUAUGGACACAGUGGCAUGGAAAUAGCUAUUGCAUAUACAGUCUGGGUAACUGUCAAUGCCAUCACUGUGGAAACACCCGAGAAUGCUCUUCGGGCUGCCCGGGGAAAGAGUGUCACACUCCCAUGCACCUACCAAACUUCUACCUCUGACCGAAAUGGAGUUAUCCAGUGGGAUAAGCUGCUAAAAAGUCAUUCGGAAAACGUGGUCAUCUGGAAAUUUCAGACUAAAGAUUAUGUCUACGGAAACCUUUACGAGAACCGUGUCACUAUCUCAAGCAAUGCUGAGCAAUCAGACGCCUCCAUCACCAUCAACCAGUUGACCAUGGAGGACAAUGGCACCUAUGACUGCACCGUUUCACUGAUGGCAGACCUGGGUGGCAAAAGCAAAUCACGUGUCCGCCUCUUGGUCCUCGUGCCACCGUCCAAGCCAGAGUGUGGCAUCAAGGGAGAGAUGGUGAUUGGAAACAACAUUGAGCUGACCUGCCAAUCAAAGGAGGGCUCACCAACCCCUCAGUACAGCUGGAAGAGCUACAACAUCCUGAACCAGGAGCGGCCGCUGGCCCAACCAGUCACAGGACAGACCUUCCCUCUGAAGAAUAUCACCACAGACAUGUCGGGUUACUACAUCUGCUCCUCUAGCAACGAGGUGGGGGUGGAAUCCUGCAACAUCACCGUGUCUGUCCGACCACCCUCCAUGAAUGUGGCCCUGUAUGUUGGCAUUGCUGUGGGCAUCACUGCUGUCCUCAUCAUCAUUGGCAUCAUCGCCUACUGCUGCUGCUGCCGGGACAAAGGCAAGCCCGAGGACAAGGAAGGUGCAAGGCCGGAUCGGAAGAUCUACAGGGAGCCACAAGAUCAGAUAAGAGAGUUUUCCAGAGGACGGGAUGAAGAGGACAACUACAGACAGGAAGACCAGAGGCGCUCCGGGCAUGAGUUCUCUCACCACUCUGGCCAGUAA